AUGCUCGACUUUUCUGCUUAUUUACCAACGACUGAUGGUCUUCUACCAUACUGGCUAAUGUUGACGAGCGCCGCGGGUAUCUACAUGGCCGUCGGAAAUGUUCUACACCCGCUGCACAACCGCAUCAUUUACACUGCGAAACCAGAUGAGGUGACGCCCCUAGCUGGACGGACUUCUGGAAUAUGGACGUUGACGACGGCGCUUGUGCGAAUUUUCUGCGCAUACAAUCUCGGCCAAAAAUCGUUGUAUCAUCUGACAAUGUGCACAUAUGUACUUGCGCUUGCACAUUUUGGGAGCGAGUUUGCUGUGUACAAGACUGCCAAGCUUGGUGGAGGUGUCAUCUCGCCGUUCAUUGUCGCCAGUAUCGACAUCGUUGAUCUGGAUGUCGAACCAGUAUAA